AUCUUAUAUAAUCAAAGUUAUCCAAAUCUACAAGAUUUGUUGUGAAAAUAUUAUUUUUUGUUUUUUUGCUCUAAGAUCACUAAUGCCAAUAUAAUGGAUGAUGGAGUAUUAACUGAUCUGAAAAAGAGCAGAUCUUUUGUUAUUCAUCGAGAUAAAACAGAUCAGGAAGAGGUUUCUGUUUUUCAAAGAUUUGUUCGGACCUGCCAGACAGGAGUUAUUGGAAGCUUAGAGAAAUUUUUUAUUUGGUAUGGGGAACUUGUUGCAACCCAUCCGUGGAAAGCAAUUCUUGUUUGUUUUCUGGCGACACUGCUCGGGGGACUAGGCCUUCUUAGGUUCCAUGAGGAAGGAGAUGCUGCAUCUAUUGUUAUUCCAACAAAUUCAGAAUUUAGGAGAAAUAUUGAUUUUCUAGAUAAUAACUUCCCUAGAGAAAUUCGAGUUCACAGUGUAGUUUAUGUAGCAGACAAUGUUCUCACACCCUCAGUCAUACAGUAUAUUUACAAGCAACGAAAGGAUCUUCAAAACCUAGAGACUGACAAAAAGACAUUUCAGGAUAUGUGCAUCAGAGUUCCUAUUCUAAAGUUUCCAGAAAACGGAUUGGGUGGUUCAGACUCAGGAAAGAAAAGUACGGUGAAUAAUUUUGAGAAUGAUGAUUGGGGUGAUGAGUUUAAGGAGUUUGAUGAAAUAUUUGAACAAUCUGAGGGAGGUGAUCCAUUCAAUGGAGGAUUAGGAAACCUAUUCUCAGAGAAAGAAGUUGAUGUUGAUCUUCUUAUGAGCUGGAGUAAUACAUUUUAUCCAGAACCGUACUGCUCUGCUGUGAAAGCGACUGAAACAGCUUGUUUUGAGUUGAAUAUAGUUGAGCUAUGGGGAGAUCAAGGCCACUACAGUGAGUCAACUGACCUAAAAAUAGCUUUCCUCACACAGGCCGAUAUCCUGGACAAAAUAAACAAUAAGAAUAUCAGCCAAAUAUUUCUCAAAGAAAAAAACUUUAAAGAACUGCUUGGAGAUGUUAAAUACAAUAAAGAAGGAGAAAUUAUCGGAGCAGGAUCAGUGGAACUCAAAUUUUACACAACUGUUAAUAUCAGCUCAGUAAAACUCUAUGGGACAGCAUCAAGAGGAGAAAAGAUAGAUCAAGCCUCAUAUGAUUUUGAAGGAGCACUGAUUAAGCUGUUUACCACGCGGGAAGGAAUGCCACGUCACAUGACCAGUUAUGUAAACGUUCAGAGACAGUUCUUUGAAAGUUUUGUAGGACAGACAUUCAAGGAUGCUGAUAAACUUGUUCUUGGCUAUGUUCUUGUCUUCAUCUAUGUUAAUCUUAUGCUUAGUAAAUUCAACUGUGUGGAACAGAGAAUAGGUUUAUCUGUGGUUGGAAUCUUGAGUGUUGCAAUGGGUAUGAUACUCGCCUAUGGGGUUUGCUCUCUCUUUGGACUAUUUUAUUCAGCAGCUCAUACUGUUAUUCCAUUCCUCCUCUUGGGCAUAGGAAUUGAUAACAUCUUUGUGAUAACACAGGCGUUUAACACCCUGGAAGCAAGCUCAGUACCUCUUAGUCUUGUGAAAAGAAUAGGACAAACCAUGGGUCAUGCUGGGGUAGCUGUCUCAGUAACAACGUUCACAGAUGUAAUUGCAUUCUUUGUUGGGUCCAACACAGUUCUCCCUGGUUUAGCUAGUUUCUGUGUAUAUUCAGCUGUAUCCAUCUUUGCUAUUUAUGCACUACAGGUCACUCAUUUUGUUGCUUGGAUGAGCCUUGAUGAGAAGAGAAUGCGCGCACAUCGAGAUGGAUGCUUAUGCUGUGUUACACACAAGAACUUUCAGUCCUUCGAGUUCAGCAGGAAGAGUAUAUUGAACAAAGCGUUUAGGAUGCUUGGACUACUCAUUACAAACACUGUGUUCAAGAUAUUUAUCAUUUUGUUAACAAUAACAUUUAUUGUUUUCGGAAUUUGGGGUGCCUUGUCGCUUACACAGGAAUAUCAACCUGAAUGGCUGCUUCCUCCAGAAUCAGAAAUUGCUCAAUGGUUUGGAAUAAAGGCUAUUUAUUAUCCGAGUCAUGGCGAGCCUGGGUUUGUAAUGAUUCCUAAAAUUGAUAUGUCAACAGAAUUCUUUAAAGUGGAACAACUUGUACAAACAUUGAGGAGUCGAGACAAGAACAUAGAAUGGGUUAAUACAUGGACUGCUGAUUUUAGAAACUAUGUAAAUACCUUUACUUUUUCCUCAUUGUCCUUCGAGGAACUGAUGCAGGAUGAAGACUUUUUCAGAGAUAAAUUCACACAGUUCCUGUAUAGUCCCAAGGGAGCUGCCUACCAACCUUAUUUUGAGUUCGGAGAGGAGCUAGAGUGCGGCAAACCAGCACCAGAUCUUCUACUUCAGGCUAUACCGUUUGGGCAUCUUCGAUUUGAAAGAUCAAGUGAAUGGAUUCCAGCGAUGCAGGAGGUGGAACAAAUUGUUCAAGAUGCUGGGUUCAGUAAUUACUCAUUUCCGAUGGCACUAACUUACAUAAACUGGAAAACAGAUGCUAUCGUAGGGAUAGAACUGUUUAGGAAUAUAGGAAUAGCUUUGAUCUGUAUAUUCACAGCUACCUUGUGCACCCUGGGAUCCUGGAGGGGUAGUAUGUUUGUCAUGAUGUGCGUCCUUCUUACAUGCGUAGAUGUUUCAGGAUUUAUGCACUGGUGGGGACUAACCAUAGACAUCACUUCUAUGAAUAUUCUAAUUAUCAGUGUUGGGCUCUGCGUAGACUUCUGUGCGCACAUUGUUCACGGAUUUCUUAUUGGUAAAGGAACGCGGCAUGAGCGGGUCGUCUUUGUUAUGGAGAAUAUUGCCCCGGCUGUUCUCAAUGGAGGGUUCUCUUCCCUACUAGCCCUCUCACUUCUUGUCACAUCACGCUCACACAUUUUCAUAUCAUUCUUCAAAAUAUUCUUCAUGAUUUGCACAUUUGGGCUGUUUCAUGGACUAGUUACUUUGCCCGUUGUUCUAACAUUAAUCGGCCCUGAGGACCCUGACGUAAAAAGGGAGAAAAAGGAAAAGAAAGCAGCGCAGAAAGAGAAUAAAGAAAACCUUAAAGCAGAAUCAUUCGAUAUGGAAAACAAAAGCUGGUUGACAAGAACACGCGUCGACGAUAAAUACCUCAGAUCCAUCAAAUCAGACACAAACAUUGUUUUGAAACAGCACAGAAAGCAGGGGGAGCAUGAACUUCGAGCUCACUUUGAAGAAAAGAAGAAAGGUUUUGAGGAGCAGAAAGUUUUGGAUCCGUUACUCCAGGAUAAAAUAGAACUAGAUAGUUUACAUACAGCUAAAGAAUCUGUUCUUUAAGAAUUUAUGAUUCUUGAUUCUUAGAAUAAAUUUUUCUAUUGUUA